AUGUCCACAGACGCAAUUAAAGAAUGGUGGACCAGUAUACCAAUUAUUUCAAGAUGGAUGUUUGCUGGUGUACUUGGUAUACCUGCUAUUUGCGCAUUGGGAUUAAUUUCACCAUAUAGUUUCACCUUAUCAUUUGCUCCACUCUUUAAACAAUUCCAAAUAUGGAGAUUAAUAACUUCACCAGUAUUUAUUGGUACCUUUGGUCCAAAUUUCUUAUUUCCAAUGAUUUUUUUCUAUCAAUAUUCAACCAAAUUAGAAUCACAACAUUUUCAAGGUAAAACUGAUGACUUUUUAUUUUUAGUUAUUUGUGUCACAAUUCCAAAUAUUAUUUUUGGAUUAAUUUUUAACUAUAUGAUUCUUGGAACAAUGACUACCAUGUCAUUAAUUUAUAUGUACUCAAGAUAUAACGCAAAUAGUCAAAGUAGUUUCUUUGGAUUUUUCUCAUUUAAAACAGUUUAUCUUCCAUGGAUUUUUAUGUUGAUGAGUUUCCUUACAUCUGGUGCCUUACCAGUUCAAGAUUUCUUAGGUGUUGUAUCAGCCCACAUUUACUAUUAUUUAACUGAUGUCUACCCAAGAGCACAUGGAAAACCAUCUUUAAUUAAAACUCCACGUUUCAUUUCCAACCUUUUCAAAAACGAACCAGUUCCAAGAGGACCAGGUGGAAGAACUGUUACUGGUGGUUACAAUUGGGGACAAGGUCGUGCUCUCGGAUAA